AUGUUUCGAAUUCUUAAUAAGAAAAUAUUAUUUGGAACAACAUUGCGAUUAACUCCAGCAGCUAUAAUUCCGUUUUUCAAUACUCCUAAUAAAAAUGACAUUGAUAAUCUUAAAACUAACCCAAAAGAUGGACCCAUUACAGGGUGGGAGAGAGUUAGACAAAUGUUUACUGUAAAUGAGGAUGAUGUUAUUUCUAUAGAAUUGCAUAAUGUCAUACAAGCUUCACUAUUUGGAGCCUUUGUUGGUGUAUGCUAUGGAGGUUUCUUAAAAUCAAAAGAUGCAUAUAUCUCCUUUUUGGAAAACAAUCAAGCAACUAUAUUUAAAUCUACUUUUGAAGCAAAGAGAAAGUUGCAAGACUAUGUGACUAUAGCAUUUGCGAAAGGUGCGGUCCGUUGGGGUUGGAGGCUUUUUAUCUUUACUGGAAUGUAUACUUUAAUUGCAACUACAAUAUCUAUAUAUAGAGAUAAAAACUCUGUAUUAGAGUAUGUGGUUGCUGGUGCAGUGACGGGGUCACUUUAUAAAGUCAAUCUUGGUCUUGCUGCAACCUUAGUUGGUGCUGGAUUAGGUGCUGCCCUAAGUCUUAUUGCUGGUAUAGUUAUAAUAGGCAUUUUGAAAAUCAGUGGUGUAUCAAUGGCUGAUAUUCGAAGAUCACUCUACGGAUUAAAGGAGAUGAGGGAAGAACAAUACAAUCAAGGCGUGGAAAAACAUGCAAAAGAAAAACAUGAUAACUUAACAAAACAUCAUGAUCAGUUGGUUGAGUCUAAAGGAAAGACGAAAGUUGAUGAACUAUAA